AUGUCUGUGGAGUUCGGCUUUGGAUACGGUGCUUCAAAAGGGCCGAGGGCAGUGCAUCUCGACCUCACGACUUUGCCGUCUCUGUACAUGAAGUGCGUUGUCUGUAUCAAGCCCGGCGCCUCCGAUCAAACUGUGGGUUUUCAGGCGCGUGGUUCUCGAGCAUGUCUCAUUGGCCAAACGACGAUCUUGAGACUGGACAGGCGACCGGUGAAACAAGUGCCUUAUGCGCUGCAGGGCUCGGUCAACCUGGAAGGUUAG